CUGAUUCAGUGCUGCUGGAGCCAGAAACAAUAGAAGAACAAAGAUUACCAGAAGAGACACAAGCGAUGUUGGAGAAACUUGUGCUAGAGGCAGAUAACUUGACUGAAGAGAUGCUAGAGACAGAACUAGAGCCUGAGCUGGAAAUCACUGACUUUCAGAAGGACAGCAACAUCAUACCAGAGUUAGAGUCUGAAACUAAUACAGAAGAGGAAGAUGAAAAAGAAGAAAAUCUAGUAAAGGAAGAGCCUACACUUCAGGCUGACUAUAUAAUGGAUGAAAAUCCAGAAAUACAAAUGGACCCUGGGAGGCAAAGUCGAAUGACACAGAAUGGAUGGGGGACUUGUAGAGGAGUUGUCCUACAGGGCAAAUGUUACCAGUAUUUCAGAGUAAACCUUGAUGCCUAUAAAGCCGAGGUCCUCUGUCAGUCCAUCUGCUAUAACGGCCACCUGGCCUCUGUGUCAAGCAGCUACAUUCUUGGAGAACUAGGGAGGCUAAUGGAUCGGAAUGGUGGCCGCACUAGCGCAUGGCUUGGAGGACGCAGAAUCCUUCGUACAAGAAAUUUCCGAUGGUUGGAUGGAACGAACUGGAGCUAUAAUGGUUGGGCUAAAAAAGAGCCAAAUAAUCGUGGUGGGAAAGAGAACUGUUUAGAGAUGUGGAUUUAA